AUGAAUUACAUCAUCGGUGCCUUCAAGCCGCCCUGCGACAUCUUCGUCACCUUCUCCGAUGAGAGGACCCGGAAGCAGAUGCAGAUCAAGAAGGACAAUGGGAAGACUGUCAUGGUGCCGGCAUUCCAGAGCCUUGAGACCAUAGCCGGAGAGGUGUCGAUUGCUCCGGUCCCAGGUAAAAGGCUUGAGCACACGGGUGUGAAGAUUGAGCUGCUGGGUCAGAUAGAGCUAUAUUUUGACAGAGGCAACUUCUACGAUUUCACUUCAUUAGUGCGUGAAUUAGAUGUUCCUGGUGAAAUAUAUGAAAGGAAGACUUAUCCAUUUGAGUUUGCUACUGUUGAAAUGCCAUACGAGUCAUAUAAUGGGACAAAUGUUAGAUUGAGGUACAUCCUGAAAGUAACAAUUGGUAGAAAUUAUGUUGGCAGCAUUGUGGAAUCGCGGGACUUCUGUGUAAGAAACUACUCUCCAGUUCCCACAAUCAACAACAGCAUCAAGAUGGAAGUUGGCAUUGAAGAUUGCUUGCAUAUUGAAUUUGAGUACAGCAAAAGCAAGUAUCAUCUCAAAGAUGUCAUCAUAGGAAAGAUAUAUUUUCUUCUGGUCAGAAUUAAGAUAAAGAACAUGGAGCUUGAGAUUCGUCGCCGUGAAUCUACAGGGUCUGGUCCCAACACAUACGUUGAGACUGAGACACUAGCAAAAUUUGAGCUGAUGGAUGGCGCCCCAGUUAGAGGAGAAUCGAUUCCAGUGAGACUAUUCUUGACUCCAUAUGAGCUUACCCCAACUUACCGAAACAUAAACAACAAGUUCAGUGUCAAGUACUACCUGAAUCUGGUCCUUGUCGAUGAGGAAGACCGGAGGUAUUUCAAGCAACAAGAAAUCACGAUGUAUCGCCUUCUGGAAACUCCACAAUCUUCAUAG